UCUGCUCCUGCCUGUGCCGUUGUGUGUAGCGCUUGGCUUAAUGCUGUGCCUGCAGUAUAGCGGUAGCAACGCCAGCCAGCCGCAGCCAGCCGCAGUGUAGUAUAGUGUGCUUCGCGCUGCCACUCUCGAAGAAAGUGAGAUCAGUCCCGGCGCGACGCUUGAAUCGAACGGUUCAAACCCUGUUGUGCCCCCCUCCUCCUUCCUGUAUACUGUCCCCCAUGGUGGACUCUCUUGACGAAUUUUUGGCCCAUUGUUCGUCGACUUGGACUUCGCUUAUAAAUAACAGAAUAUAAUAGUAACCGUUUUGUUAUAUAGUGCCGAUUUUUUUGGUUGUGCGAAAAAUUUGAGAAUCUGUUUUUUCGCGGGGGAAAAAGCACGCAGGAUCAUCGUCUGAGUUUCGGCAUAAAAUUUAUAUAAAUGAUCACGAAGUGAGUGCGCGCAUAAAAUAAUUUUAAUCGUAACAAAAGGCGGUGAGGGACGAUGAAGAUGCUGCAUCGGAUGAACAAAGUAUAAUAACUAGUGAGUGUGCACCAGAACCCGUGAUUGAUAAAAAAAAAAGUCAGUGUGACGAAUGGAUGAAAAUCUCAGCCGUUGCUGCUGCUGCUGCUCUAUCUUACUCCUGCGUCGUAGAGAUUCGUAAAUAAAAAAAGGCGUGUGCGCCGUACGAAGGAGCGACGAGGAUUGGCUCGCAAAAUAAACAUAAAAGAAAAGGAGCGCGGCGAACAAAGGAAGGAAGGAAGUAAGACAAGGAAAGGGGUGCGACUCUUUUUCUGAAAAUUCGAAAGAGAGAUGUUGGGCCGCAUGUUCGAGGCUCACGGGCGCUUCUGCGCCGGCCAUCCGCUCGAGGUGAUCGUGACGACGUUCACCCUGACGGCCUGCAUGCUCAACAUGGAGACGAUCAACGGCAGCAAGCAGGCCGCGGGCGGUGCGACGGGCCCGACGUCGGCGGGCUCGACCACAGCCGCGGGCGGCAGCCCCACGACGGCCGCCAGCGCAGCCAGCGCCGGGACCAACUGCUGGCACGGUCGUUGCGGUAGCGAGGAAUUGAAUCCCGCGGACGUGAUACUGAUGACGGUGAUUCGCUGCUUGGCGAUCCUCUUCAGUUACCAUCAGUUUCGUAAUCUGCAGAAUCUCGGCUCCAAGUACAUUUUGGGAAUAGCCGGCCUAUUCACCAUGUUCUCGAGCAUCAUCUUCACUCUGAGCGUGCUGAACUUUGGACGCAGUGACAUAAGCGACUUAAAAGACGCCCUGUUCUUCUUCCUCCUCGUGAUCGAUCUGAACAAGGCGGCGAUCUUGGCUCAACUGGCUUUGAACUCGAAGCGUCAGGACGAGGUGAGAGCCAACAUAGCCCGUGGCAUGUCGCUGCUCGGGCCCUCGGUCACCCUCGACACACUGGUCGAGAUCCUCCUGAUCGGCAUUGGCUCGCUGUCGGGCGUCAAGCGACUCGAGAUCCUGUGCGGCUACGCCUGUCUCGGCGUCGUCGUCAACUACGUCGUCUUCAUGACCUUCUAUCCGGCCUGUCUAUCUCUCGUUCUCGAACUAUCGCGCAGCAGCAACGACAAGAUCAUCAUGUCGCACGGCAGUCUACUCAACGAGGAGGACCAGAAGCCCAAUCCAGUGGUCGAGCGUUUGAAGCUGAUUAUGAUCGCUGGACUGUUUGUCGUACACGCACAUAGUCGCUGGCCGUUCCGCACCGAUGACGCCGAGGAGGCGAUAGACGAGCAGGUCGCAUCGAGCGUCAAUCCGGGCAUCCUACUCACGACCAAUCGCAACAAGACGGAAUCGCCGCCGGACUAUCGCGGCUUCUUCAUGAACUGGCUGUCCGUGUCGGCCGACAACAUCGUCAUACUCAUUCUGCUGGUGGCGCUGGCCAUCAAGUUCAUCUUCUUCGAGGACCGGGGCGAGAUCGCCCGACAGCUGAGGCUCGAGGAGGAGCAGCGCGACGAGGAGGAGAGCAAGCAGGACGACGAAGAGAAGAAGCAGGAGAAGGAGCAAGACAGCAACAGUAGCGAAGAGAUGGAUAGACUGACGAGGCGCUUCGCCGGAGCCAUGGCGACGACGCUCACCGCCACGACGGCCGGCUCGAGCCAUCGCACCGGGCCCAGCAGCAAAGUGUUCGCGGGACUGGUCGCGGCCCCGGGUGAAGAUUGGAUCGAGGUCGGCGCCGAGGCCGACGUCGAGCUCGUCGACAAGGAGGUUCAGACCGAGCAGCAGCAGCAACAACAGGUCGCAACAAUAACUAGCAGCGGCACCGUGUCAAAGAGCAACGACGACGCAGCCACGAGCCCACCCCGCAGCGUCGACGAGUGCCUGGCCAUCUACCGCUCGGAGCUCGGCGCCUCCGUCCUCACCGACGCCGAGGUCAUCCAGCUGGUGCGCGCCAAGUACAUCCAGUCGUACCAGCUGGAGAAGGCCGUGGGCGACAUGGAGCGCGGCGUCGGCAUCAGACGCACCCUCCUGAACGAGGCCGAGGUCUGCAUCACCGCCGACCUGCCCUACCGCAACUACGACUACUCCAAGGUGCUGGGCAGCUGCUGCGAGAACGUCAUCGGCUACGUGCCGGUGCCCUGCGGCAUCGCCGGGCCAUUACUGGUCGACGGCGAGCUGUUCCACGUGCCGAUGGCCACCACCGAGGGAUGCCUCGUGGCCUCGACCAAUCGCGGCUCGAGAGCCCUCAUGGGUUGCGGCGUCACCAGCAGAGUCGUCGCCGACGGUAUGACUCGUGGACCGGUCGUCCGCUUCCCGAACGUGGUGCGCGCCAGCGAGGCCAUGGCCUGGAUGCAGCAGCCCGAGAACUUCGAGAAGAUGAAGAGCAGCUUCGACGAGACGUCGCGCUUCGCCAGGCUGACCAAGAUACACGUGCGCAUCGCCGGCAGACACCUGUUCGUGCGCUUCGUCGCGCGCACCGGCGACGCCAUGGGCAUGAACAUGCUCAGCAAGGGCACCGAGAAGUCCCUGCUCCAGGUCCAGCGUCUGUUCCCCGACAUGGAGAUACUGUCGCUCAGCGGCAACUUUUGCACCGACAAGAAGCCCGCGGCCGUCAACUGGAUCGAGGGCCGCGGCAAGAGCGUCGUCUGCGAGGCCGUAGUGCCGGGUGACAUCGUCAGCUCCGUGCUCAAGACCAGCACCCAGGCCCUGGUCGACGUCAACAUGAGCAAGAACAUGAUCGGUUCCGCCGUGGCUGGUAGCAUCGGUGGCUUCAACGCCCACGCGGCCAACAUCGUCACGGCCAUAUUCAUCGCUACCGGACAGGAUCCAGCCCAGAACGUCGGCAGCAGCAACUGCAUGACCUUGAUGGAGCCGUGGGGACCCACGGGCGAGGACCUCUACGUUUCCUGCACGAUGCCGAGUAUCGAGAUCGGUACCGUAGGAGGCGGCACUGGACUUCCUGCGCAGGGCGCCUGCCUGCAGAUGCUCGGCGUCAAGGGCGCCAACAUGGAGCACCCCGGCCAGAACGCCGACAAGCUCGCGCGCAUCGUGUGCGCCACCGUGCUGGCCGGUGAGCUGUCCCUCAUGGCCGCCCUCACUGCCGGUCAUCUCGUCAAGAGCCAUCUCAGGCACAAUCGAUCAUCGACAACAGUGAGCAAUCCCAUAACGACGCUCGUCAGAGAGCCUGGUUUCAAUCUGUCCGUGCCAAGAUUACUGCCCACGAUUCCGCAGCAUCAACAGUUAACCGGAAGCGAUGGCUCGUAGCGAUAGCUAAGCACAUUUUUCAUGUGUUUAUUUUGUGAUUGCCAUUAAAACUUACAAACGAAACAAGAGAGAGAGACAGAGAGAGAUAGAGAGAAGCGCCGAUUCCUCGAGCGUUUGAACAUCCGAUCCCCGCUCUCCGCCCCCUUUCUUCUUCUUACCCGCCCCCUCCUGCCCCAAAACCUACAACAAAAAGAGAAAUAUCAACGACACGUUUAACUUUUGAGCGAGGACUCAUCUCUAAUGUUGACGCAGACAAUAUAUUAUAUAUAUUAUUACGUAUAUACAUAUAUGUUUUUAACAAGGACUAUAUAUAAUUACAUUUUAAUGUGUGUGUAUAUGCAAAGCACAAGUCUUCCACAGAACGUGAAACGUGUUUAUUUUUUUGUACAAGCGCACGAGAGACGAGAGAGAACGAGAUAGAGAGAAAGUUUUGAUAAAGAGUGUAAUUGACAAAGUUACGAUGUUUGUAUUAUAAAUGUAAUGAUGUAAAGCUGUUGUGUAUGAAUGGAGCAGAUGUCACCGGUAAACUGAUGACAAUAUUUUUUUUUUAUUAUCAUUAUUUUUUAAUUUUUUUUUCUCUUGUUUGUUAAAAAAAACCACGUGUAUCGUGAAUGUUUCACUUUGUUACAAUCAGUUUUUUAUAGCAAUGCGUCAUCUCACGUAAAGUAUUAGGUAGACAAAAUAUAAUCCAUUAAAGCCAUGAGCACUCUUUGAUCAUUAGAUUGAAUUAACUAUCAAUUGCCAAUUAAUUUCUUUUUUUGUUAUUGCUAGCACUCAGUCAAUAUUUUAUUUUGCAAUUGUUGCAGUUGUUAUUAAUUUUCUUUUUUUUAUAUUUGAUGUCAAUGAGCGUACUUACAAAAAAGGAAAAUACAAAAAACAAAGUAGAUGGUGAUUAGAUAAUGCGCGAUUUAAUGUAUAUAGAAAUUCCGAGUGUGCUUGUGAACUUAGAAUUGAGAAACUUUACGGUAUAUACUUGCCAAUCGAUUGAUUCGAGUAAAAAAAAUAUAAAUUUUUUGUAUAAAAUUGCUUAAUGAAAGUGUAGUGAUAACGAGAGUAUGAUAUUUGUAGUGCAAUGUUUGCUGAAAUUUAUAUAAUUUAUGUAUAUGCAAGAGAGAGUUUUAGUUUUUUUUUUAUAAAUAUAUUUAAUUUAAAAAUAACUGUGUAAAUGGAUGCGUGUAAAGUGUAUUAUUAUCAUGAAGGCGAAAAUUUGUGUGAAAAAUACAUGUUAAGCGUUUUCUUUAGUGCUGCGGACUGUACGUCUCGUGUUCUAAUUUACCUG